AUGCUCAAGACGGAGACGCCUCAGGGAAGAAGUACCAGACAAGAAUCUUCUCAGGGGAGAUUUGGGACGGACGUCGGUGGACUAGCGAAGAUGGCGAGUCCUGAUAUGCCUCGGGCGGUGUUCUGCCAGGAGGACGGGAUCGUUGUCUGGCCCGAGUUCUACGGCAACACCGUGGUUCUGGGUUGUCCGUAG